GAUGCCCUUGUAGAUGCUGCAGCCAAGGGUCCUGCACUGAAAGGGCCAAUGAAGCUUAUGGGCGUGCUGGUCAGCAUGCAUAGAACUGGGCCAGAAUACUCUGAAGAAGAACAAAAAUGGGCCAGGGAUUGCAUUUCAGUCCAGGGCCCCUCUGGCUGGCUGAAUGAUGGUAAUAAACUACUAAUGCCAAGUAGCAAUCACAGGGAUAUAAUUCAGCACUUUCAUGAUUCUUUUCACCCUAGAAGGGAUUCUUUGUUUCUGUUAAUGUCUCAUUUGUUUAUAGGGGUAAAUCUUUUCAAAACACUAAAACAGGUGACUCAGCACUGUCAGCUCUGUGCCAGCGAUUUUCUCUUUCUCCAGUUAAACCUGUCCAAAAUUGAGGAACCUAUCCAGGUGAGAACUGGCAACUCUAAUUUACACCGAUGCCUUCCUGCAGGAGAUUCAAAUAUUUGCUAAUGCUUACUGAUACCGUCACUGGUUAGAUUGAUGCAUUCCCCACCUUAUCUGAAAAAUGUUUACUAGAAGAAAUAACUCCUCAGUCUGGGUAAUCUAAAAGCCUGCAAAGUGACAAUGGCCCACCUUCCACAGCAGGCGUAACCCAUCACCUAUGCUCAGCUUUAAGAAUCCAAUAUCACCUUCACUCUGCUGGAGACCGCAGUCCUCGGGAAAGGUCAAAGGGCUAAUCUUACUGUAAAGAAGACUCUAGCUAAAUCAGAGGCCUGACUAUCUCUAACACCCAUAGCUUACUGCGGGUUAGAACUGCUCCAAAGUAAAACGUGUAAUUAAGUCCUGUUGAGUUAACAUAUGGAAGGCCUUUCCUAAGCACAGAUCUCCUAAUAGAUGAAAGGACGCAUCCAUUACAAAAAUAUGUCAUCAAUCUAGGACAGGUGCAAAGGCACGUUGUGAAUAUGGAAACAAGAGUCUUCCCCUCCCACAUGGGAGGAAAAUUCAGUUUCAGCUCAGCUAGGGAUCUAGUCUCACUAAAGACGCGGGAGGAAGUUCUCCAGCUGAGCAGCUUUCCCCAACGUGGAAAGGACCACAGGAAGGACACCUGAGCUCUCCCACAGACGUUCAACGCCAAGGGAUUCACAGUUCUGGGAGGUGAUCUCCGAUGAACAUGCCGUCGACUGCUGGCACCUACCACGGGGACAGCCACCUGCAGCUGGAGCGCAUCGACGUGUACUACAACGAGGCCAGCGGUGGCAGGUACGUGCUCCGCGCUGUGCUUGUGGAUCUGGAGCCGGGCACCAUGGACUCUGUGCGCUCAGGGCCCUUCGGGCAGAUUUUCAGGCCAGACAACUUCAUCUUCGGUCAGUGUGGGGCCGGAAACAACUGGGCCAAGGGACACUACACAGAAGGCGCGGAGCUGAUGGGGUCAGUGAUGGACGUUGUCAGAAAGGAGGCGGAGAGCUGUGACUGCCUGCAGGGUUUCCAGCUGACCCACUGCAUGGGUGGGGGGACUGGGUUUGGGAUGGGUACCCUUCUGCUCAGUAAGAUCCGGGAGGAGUACCCAGACAGGAUCAUAAACACAUUCAGCAUCCUGCCCUCGCCCAAGGUGUCAGACACCGUGGUGGAGCCCUACAACGCCACCCUCUCAGUCCACCAGCUCAUAGAACAUGCGGAUGAGACCUUUUGUAUAGACAAUGAAGCGCUAUAUGACAUAUGUUCCAGGACACUAAAACUGCCCACACCCACCUAUGGUGAUCUGAACUACCUGGUGUCUGCUACCAUGAGUGGGGUCACCACGUGCCUGCGCUUCCCAGGCCAGCUGAAUGCUGACCUGCGGAAGCUGGCUGUGAACAUGGUCCCGUUUCCCCGGCUGCAUUUCUUCAUGCCUGGCUUUGUCCCACUGACCAGCCGGGGCAGCCAGCAGUACCGGGCCUUGACUGUGGCUGAGCUUACCCAGCAGAUGUUUGAUGCUAAGAACAUGAUGGCCGCUUGUGACCCCCGCCAUGGCCGGUAUCUAACAGCGGCUGCCAUUUUCAGGGGUCACAUGCCCGUGAGGGAGGUGGAUGAACAAAUGUUCAACGUUCAGGAUAAGAACAGUAGCUACUUUGCUGACUGGCUCCCCAACAAUGUAAAAACAGCCGUCUGUGACAUCCCACCCCGGGGGCUAAAAAUGUCAGUCACCUUCAUUGGGAAUAAUACGGCCAUCCAGGAACUCUUCAAGCGUGUCUCAGAACAGUUUACAGCAAUGUUCAGGUGAAAGGCCUUUCUCCACUGGUACACGGGCGAGGGCAUGGAUGAGAUGGAAUUCACCGAGGCCGAGAGCAACAUGAACGACCUGGUGUCUGAAUAUUAGCAAUAUCAGGAUGCCACGGCUGAGGAGGAGGAGGAUGAAGAGUAUGCUGAGGAGGAGGUGGCCUAGAACUCUCCUUUUCUAGGUAAGGGGGGGAAGCAGUGUGGAUUUUUUACUGUGAUCUGACAGCUAUGUGUCACUACACGCUUGUUCGUUUGUGUCUUCGCAUCUCCUGCAUUUUAAAGCAUUUUUAU